CUUCAGAUCAUAGGUAAACACUUCACCCAUCAGCUGAUCGAGUUUCGCUUCUAUAUUGUUCCAUGAUUAAAUGUAUGCUCUUUGUUUUUGUCUUCGGUGUGAUUUAUUGCUCGUUCAUUGGCCUCGCGAUAUCGUUGUUAUUGUUUUGGUUUUCGUGAUAUCAUGUUUGUUGCGGCCAACGCCCUUGUUUUGUAAACACAUAUUUUGUUCUCUUUUUUAUAUCUCUCGUAACCACGAACUACUACAUGUAGUAGUUCGUGCUCGUAACACACCCGUACUAAUUUUUGUGUUGUUGCUUUUUUUGCUUAUCUAUUAAAUUAUUAUUGAUGUUUCACAUCCACAAUUGUGUGGAUUAAAACUAUCAAGAUUUUCAAGGAAGAAAUUUUAGUUCAAGAGCGUUCAAGAAGUUACAUGUGCAAUAUACAAGCGAUACGUAUCGGACUCAGACUUCGAUACGAGCCGGAAAGUGUCCGAUUUCGAAAUUGGUGAUCGAGGUCUUGCGUAAGUCCGCCAGCCAUUCAAACGAAUGGUGUGUGAGGCCGCCUUCGGUGUCCCAGGGCGUCGGGUCGACCAUCUGAGGGACGAUCAUUAUAGCAGUCUGCCGUAAUUUUAAGUUAACGUUAAGUCCCCGAUCUGUGUGAGCUCUGUGGUCAUUGCACCACACCGAUUCGACCACAGAGACCCCCCCCUCGAUAACUAAACUGUACUUCCUUCUUCCCAUGUAUUACGUUCGUCCCCGCCAUAGAUUUCGUCGUCGUGAAAUUGGUUGCCUAUCGUCAUCUUGGUGAAGCGUAAAUUGGGUUGCCUAUUCAAAAUAAUAGUAGGCGUCUUCGGACGGUUCUCAAAAUUGGUAUUCCGCUCUCGGUUCGCACCGAGUGGUCCUUCGGUCUGUGCCCCCCUUUGCCGGGCGUUUACAACAAUGAUUAAGCUAGUUCUGGAUAGUCUCACUGUAUGUCCUCCAUUUGGAAAAAAAGCAAAAUUUGAGGUAGAAACUAUACAAACUGUCACUGAUGUACGGAUGUGCCUAUAUGGGAAAUGAAAGUCUACUAAGUACUGCUCCAUUGUUCCAUUUGUGGUUGGAGCGUCCCGAGAAAUCAUUUGGACACGGACAUUGCGACAACACGAAGAAUAUGGACUACUUCAUGUUUGAGUGUUUGUCGAAACAUGGCAGGCCGACCAAUAAAGACGAAUCUGAAAUGGGCUGGCGAUAUAUAUCAUUACUGGAACAUACUGCAGAGUCAUUGCAAAGUAAAACCAAAACACGUACCCACAGAUGUGCAUUAUACGAUGUGUUCGACGAAGACGAUAGGAAGAUUAGAAUAAUACGGAUGGUAAUUAGCAAGCCGGUAAUAGGAGAGGAAUUUAAUGUAAGCCAGUGUAAUGGGCUAUCGGAUCUUUUAUCACAGGAAUUACUGCCAUUAAUCCCCGAGGGACAUCGAUAUUGGCUUGACGGAUCAUUGUACAUCUAUUUAUUAGGAAGAAAGGCCAAAAUAUUUUACACUGCUACAAAAAACCCGAAAUUUCCUGUUAUUGAUCGUCCAACUACUACCACCACCAGUCUUCCAUCAACAACUACUACCACCAGACAUCCCACUACAACAGGGGUCGGCAUACGUUUGAACCACGCGGUCCGUAUUCUUUUUUCAAAUCUUCGUCAAGGGCCACAUUAAAAAAAAAUUUACAUAAUAUGAUAUAAAAUAUAAUACUAAUAAUUGUAUUGUUAUUAUAUUUGAUUAUUUUACAUAGAAAUAUGAGUGUACAAAAAUACAAAUGUUACUAGAAAAAAAUUGCUUUUAAGAACGGCUACAUAAAAAAAAAUUACAUAUUAUGAUAUAAUACUUAUAAUUGUAUUUCCAUUAUAUUUGAUUAUUUUACAUAGAAAUAUGAGUGUAAUAAAAUAAAAAUGUUACUG